AUGUCUGUCGAACUCGACCCCCCGGAACUGGGCUUUCGACGUAUCGCCCUUCCUCCCCUGCCCUGCCUGGUAAAACAAACAGCUCAUCGAACUGCUCCUAUCCUACGUCAAAACCACAGCUCCACGAAAGUACGCAUGCAUUCGCAACUACGCACAGGCUGGACUAUUCUCCAGAUCAUCCUCCUUCAAGCAAUGAAAGACGAGCCUCCACCGGAUGCCAAGUGCAAAGAUAAGUUUCUGGUCCAGUCCGUCGCCGUUUCUGCGGAUAAGGAAUUUUCAAACGUUGCCUCGAUUUGGCAGGACGUUGAAAAAACGGCGAAACAUUCUAUUCAAGAACGGAAAAUCCGAGUCAACUUCCUUCCCGCUCUAGAUGAUGCUCAGCCAAAUGGAAUCGCAUCGGAAGAUGAAUCUACCACUUUACAUGCGUCUCCGGUAAACGCCAAAUUUGAAACCCCGUCGAUGCCCACCCGUGCAGCACCAGUGAUCGCGGAGCCUCCAAUUCAGCCUCCCAAGUUCCAGCCUGAGCCUUCCGAAUCCACCAUUCUAGAGACCCCGAAGCCGGUCGCGGAGGAUGUGAAAUCAGAGCGCUCAACGGAACCUAGCGAACCAAAGGACGAUCUCAAAUCCCAACUUGAUGAAGCCCGCGUUCAGAUCCAGCAGUUGAAACAGCAGGUUGCUGAAAAUGAGUUACGGCGAAGGAAAGUAGCAACUGAAGGCAGUACUUCACCCGAGGUGACUACUUUGCAACAGCAAUCGCAUUCGACUCCGCAGAUGGGGGUCCCUCUCCAGGUUGUUGCCGGCCUCUGCCUGAUUAGCUUCCUGCUGGCAUACAUUUUCUUCUAG